AUGGAGCAAAAAUCCCACAUCAUCACUGAGCAAGUUUUCGGUAGCAGUAGAAAAAUUCAAUUUAUUGGACUCUCUGCUCCAACAAAUACUACACAGACAACGAGACCUACAUCUAUGGAUACAUUGUUGAGUGCUAUCGAUCAUCAUCAUCAUCACCAACAACACCAUCAGUAUAGAUCUACCAAUCAAAGACAACUUCAUCACUCAGAUAUCAUCAAAGAGACAACUUCUACCUCAGCCUCAUCUUCUACAUCCAGUGCACAUCAAUCAAUGUCUAUCGAAUCACUCUUAGAUAACAACCAGUUCCAACAUCAUCGUCAAUCUCAAUCUGCUUCUACUAAUGAAGUCAGCAUUGCAUCUUUGUUAACAUCUGACAAUACCAGUAACCAUAAGAGACGAUGGGACUAUCAGCAAUCACAAGCAACUAAGCGUCUUUCCAAGAAACCCAAAGAUAGUAGCAAUAAUAAUGAGAGACACAAGACAAUCAUCACCUGCCUUCAUGCCUCUGUAGCACAGAAAUCUUAUGGUUCAGAAAAACGUUUCUUAUGUCCACCACCCAUUGUACAAAUUAAAUCACCCUCCAACUCUACUAUGACUAACGAGCAAAGAGCAGAAAAGAUGCAGUUAUCCAUGUCUGUCAUUUGCGAAAAUGGUGAUAGAAUAUUAGAGCAACGUUCCAUGUUGGAUGAGAAUCAAUCAGGCAGUUUCAAAUAUCUUCAUGUUACUGGUACAGCAAAGGCAAAGCAAUUUAACCUUAAAGUCGAUUUGCUACCCAAUACCACCACCACAGAAACCACUACUACAACAGCAGCAGCUACUUCAACACCCCCUCCCAAUGACCCUCAGCCAUUGGCUUCAUUCAUCUCGAAGCCAAUAUCCAUCAUUUCCAAGCCAUCUAAAAAGACGGCAAAAACAAGAAAUGUGUCUACAUGUAUCCUUGCCAACUCUCCUGUAUCUUUAUUCAAUCGUAUCAAUUCUCAAACUGUAAGAACCAAAUACAUGACCUCCAGUAACAACAUGCUUUGUGCCAAGAACACCACUUGGUCUCCAUUUGAUAUCAUUAUUGUGAAUCAACCCAAGCUGCCUCAGCCUCACAAGCUACCUACCAGACAACAGAUGACUACAACCGUCAGUGGUCGCUAUACCUCUCGUAUUCAACUGGCACAUCCACCACCACCUCCUCCUUCAGCACAUCAUGCCCAACAACAGCGAAACAAGGCGCCAAUUCAUGUUACUUAUGGUACUGAAAUCAUUCUGCGUGAUUCUCAAACAGGUGUUACAUCUCCUUCUCUCAUCAUCCGUAAGGUCGACAAGGGCAGAAUCGCUCAAUGCGCUUAUGGCCCUGUCAGCCAGAUGCAGAAGAUUGCUUUACAGUUGGCGUCCACUAUUGACACACAACCCAUCUACCUGAGCGCUGCUGGUUCCAUGAAUGACAACUCUGUGAGUGCAUCUCCUUCGUCCUCCACCGCCGAUUCAAGCAAUGGCCAUGGCAGCAAUACAUGGCUCGAUUACUCACCUUCAAGACUUGUUCAGCCUGAAAAGAUGACUCUUGAGCUUAGCUAUGAAGAAGUAGAUGACUAUCUCUGCUGGACUAUCGUUGGUAUCAACAAAUUCGAGUACGAUUACUAUGAAAAUGAGAGCUUUCAGGGCAACCAACAAGACAUCACUGAUGUUGCAGAAUUUAAGCCUGAAGUUUCUACUACCACAGCAACAGCAGCAGCGUCAGUAGAUGCAACUACUGCACAUACACCUCCUCCAUCUCCACCCAGACACAUUACACCAUUCCCAAUGUUGACCACUAUUGAAUACCAACAUGAGCAUCAUACGUUAAAUGUCGUUGGCCAACAUCUAAUCCAAGCUGCUCCUGUGCCUCGUCUUUUAGAUCUUUGGCUCGGAACCCAUGGUCCAUUGGUUACCCGUAUCUCUCAGCCCCCUCAACCUCAUACUCCUCAUGAAACACAUUGGUCUGUUCAAUUACCUCCCACUCAAGAUCUCCUGGUUGCAAAUCAUGAUAUGCUGGUAACGCAUGCUGAUGGUCGUCGAAAUCUUGAACUGGCUUUAUUACUGGUGCGUCAAGAUGGCCUUGUAUAUCACACUGGUAAAGCUCUUUCAUGCGAUGUGCUUGAUGAUAGUGGCAGAUGGAGUGUUGUGCCAGCUUCCUCCUCGUCCUCAUCUUCCUCAGCAACAACACCUUCCUCUUCCUAA